UUAUAGACAAUUGCAAGAGUCAUUUUUCAGACUGCUUCCUGAGAGUGUCAAGGACCAGAGCAGAGCAGGAGGCAGGAUGCAAGAGCCUAAUGACUUUGUGAACUUCCCAAAGUCCCUGGGUCCCUAUGCCAAGAUCUACAAAAGGGAUCAGCAUCGUGAGCUGGAAAAUUAUUUCAAGAUGGACGGGUACCCUGACUAUAAGGCUCGGGUAACCCUGGCUUCCAGGCUCAAUCUGAAGGAGCACGAUGUGCGGGUGUGGUUCCGAGUGCGCAGGGCCACAAAUGCUAAGUCAGAGAACCAGCGACAAAAGCAGGGGAGAAAGUUGGGGUGGUUCACCCAUACUAGUGUUGGAUUGAAUGCCUCCACACCCAACAACUCAAAUAGUGAUGGCUUGGGAAUGGGCAAUCUCCUCCAACCCAACCCUUGUUGGGCCUUGCCCAAAGGGGAGCCCAGCUUCUCCUUCUGUGACCAGAAGUAUAAUAACCAAAAGCGCCUCUCAGAUGUUUCAUUCAAACCCUUGUCUUAUCAACCCAAUGUCUUAUCAGACACAGCAUCAUCCCUGAGUUCCACUGAGCUCCUCUCAACCAUGCAGGCCUUCCAGAGACUGAAAGUCUCUGUAUCAACAUCUGAGUCUCAAAGGGGAGAUGGGCAUUGUGGACGUGGGUGAAUUGGGCCCAAAACCUUUCUGAAUUUUUGCCACAUCUGUCUGCAGGUCCCUUGAGCUCAGAUCCCAGUGGAUACUCUCCCUCAGGAAUAUACUAUGCCCUGCCCCCUUUUUGCUAUUUUCAGUGCUAGGAGUGUCCUAAUGUCCUCAGGUUGCACAAGAACAUUUCUUAGGUUUUUUUUUUUCUUUUGCCUUGUUAAGGAUGGAACCCAGGAAGCCCUUUCACUUGGCAAGCAAGUAGUCUACCAGUGAGCUUCACCCUCAGCACAUUUGGGAACAUUUCUGUGGGUUUCUAGUAUAGGAAUGGGCUGCACUAGUGUGCUUUUUCUUCAGUGAGUACUGUUCAUGAGAAAUUCUUUCCAUUCUCAGCAAUACUGUGAAUUGUUUGAAGUUUGUGGUCUGUUCUGUGCCUUUUGUGGUUUUAAUAUUUCUUUGAUAGGCAGGUUGGACAUUCUUACAUGUUAUUUGGCUAUUAGAAGUCCUCAUGUUUUUUUUUUAAAAAUCAA